UGUGUGUGUGUGUGUGUGUGUGUGUGGUGGGGAUUAGUUGGUGGUGGUGGGUAUGGCUGAGGCGCAGACUGAUGUCCUCUCGCGACUGGUCUCGCCAGCGAGCUCGGGAGUGACCGAGGCAAAGGAGCUGGUGCAACGGGUGGCGGUGGAACGAGGUGGUGGACAGACGGAGGCUGAUGGCUUUGUCUCUCUUUGUGAUCCGCUCACUGAUUUGGAUCUCGAGGCGUUGUUUGCUCGUUCCGAGGUGGCGUUGGCAAUGGCAAGCGCUACAGACUCGGCCGUUGGCAAGUGUGAGCAUGGGCCACCUGUGGACGAGGUCCACGCCAUCGCCAACAGGAUCGGCUCAAUCGACGACAAGAACCACAUCAAGAACCAUGCCAUCGACGACAGGAACCAUGCCAUCGACGACAGGAACCAUGCCAUCGACGACAGGAACCAUGCCAUCGACGACAGGAACCAUGCCAUCGACGACAAGAGCCACAUCAUCACCGACAAGAACCAGAUACAAACCCAGAACAAGGCUCAGGCUGCCACCGCCGCAAGCAAGAGGGCACAGGCUAUCCUGGCAAAAGCGUCUUCAGAGGCAAGGCAGAAGCUGGCUGAUUGGGAGGCAAAGAACCAUCGGUCUCGGCCAGCAGUAGGUCGUCCGCCGCGGUCGUCGACUCGCGUAGACCAGGCCAGCGAGCCGGCUGUGGAGCGCGCCUCGACAAUCGAGGCUCGGCUCCUGCAGAGCCCUCUCCCGUUGGCCGCAACAAGUGGGGCACCAUUCACGGCUAGGCACAAAGCCCAAAGGUUGUCCGAGGCUAGACUUUUGGCACAGUUGCGGCUCAAGAUCGAGUACGUCGAGGCCCAGUUCUCCGGGGGCAACGGCAGCACAUCUGCCGUUGACAGUGCCUUCAUCCACCGUGUCAUGGCGGCGGAGCCGACCGAAGCAGAGACACUUGAGCUGACACGUGGCUUCUCGGUCCCUUGGUGGCCGGAAUGGCAUCCGACUCAGGAUGCCAUGAACAAGCUCAGCCUCCACAUCCUCUACCCUGCCUUCUGCCAGCAGCGCGAGGCACUGCCGUGGUCCAACGAGCUCUGCCACCGCCGCAUGGCCGCGUUCUCGCCCUCUGUUUCCGGCGUUGCAUGGGACGACGUCCGCAAGCCGCGGAAGGUUUUGAUGGCUCUCUACCGAAGCCUACCUGGUGCACUCUCCGAAGCCGAUGAGGCCGAAAUCAUCGACGCCACUACAAGCUACGUCGUCAUCUCGGCCUGGCAACGCCCGCGUCUCAAACUCCUUCUUGCCAACGAGCGAAAGCCCGACGGUUCGCCGUACUCUCUCAUUGGUGACGACGAGGCCUUGGCCCAGCGUCUUGUUCAGGCUCGGCUCAACCGCGCGCACCCGUGCCGGCCGGCCUCGGCCAUGGCUCAGCCCUGGCUUCUUGCACGUUUCCGCACUGAUGACGCAACCCUCUACGCAGGCAUCGAUCCUGUCAGCGUUCUCCUCACCGAGGUCGAUGCGCUCAUGACUGCCGGCAACCGCCACAACCUUUCCAUCCUCGUCUCUGCUGUGCCAAACGAGCUCAUCGUCUACCUUUUCUCGUUUCUCUCCUCCGCCUCGUACCGCGCCUUGGCCUCGACCUGCCGCCGGCUGUGGCAGCUGGCGCACGACACACUUAUUCUCCAGCGCCUCCUUGUCGUGCACACGCCGAACUCUGCCAUGGACUCGGUACCUCUCUUUGUAUGGUAUGCCUCGGGUAUCGCCGCUUGUGGCCUUCCGCUCCGCAGCCUCCCGUCGCCGCCAUGUUCGCCGGCGGUCGUCGUCCUUGCCGUUCAGCUUGCCGCCUCGCGCCCGAUCUCUGUGCCGGAGCAGCUGCUUGCGUCAAUACCACUCACCUUGCUGAAUGCGCUCGCUGCCCAAGUCGGUAUGAACCUUCGCCGCGCUAUCCGCAAGGUUCUUGCUGCUGCCCACAAGGCCGCAGUCCGGCACGACCUCGUCCUGCGCGCGCUCGGCGCUGACUCGCUUCAUGCCGCGGUUCCUAACGUGGUUGCAGCAGGCGAUGUCGAGCUCACGUGCCUCACUGACUUUGCAUGGGACAUCGAUGCGCCCGAGUGCGUCCGUCAGGCUCACGUUGUGGCCGACCUUCUUCGCCGACGCGAGGAGCGGCUUGUCCUCGCCGCCUCGGCCAAGUUCACGGCUGCCGACAUCGAGCGCUACGUUGACCCAAUUGUCGCCUCGCACUAUGUUGCCCUUGUCGGCUCACGAUCGCUUGACGAAACCGUGACAAAGGCGCUGCGCGAGAUGAUCGCCACUUUUAACCGGCGCCUCGACCCUCUUCAGCUUAACUUGGACAACAUGCUCGCUGCUUGCCCGCGCCUUGCUUCGCUCAGCAUCGACAGCAACGGCUACCUUGUCAUGGAUCCUGCCGCUGCGCCAGCUUGGGACAUUCAGGCCUUUAUUGCGCUGCCGCUGUGGCUGCGGACCGAGGUCCGCGCCAUCAUCAGUGGUCAGCAGCCGGUCGUCCUCUUGGGCAGCGACAUUGGGGCGCUUGUUGAACUCGGCUUGGCGUGCAGGACCACGACGCCACUCAGUAUGAAGCCGUCGAGCCGCGCGGCAGCCUCACGAGCCAUGGUCCAGCUCCGCCGGUGCAUUGCCCGUGAGGCCCUGCUCACCGGCGAGUACAGAGCCAUCGUCAACGAACUCCCGCUGGUCCUCGAAUCGCCGGCCCACCUUGACGCCCUUAUCGAGUACACCGGCAAGCGGGCCGAGUCCCGCACCCGCAAAAAAGUUGCUGCUGAGGUUGCUCGGCUUACUAAGGCUGUUGCCCAUGGCUGGACUCGCCUCCAGGCGCUCCUCGACGCAGGACUGGGGUGGUGGACCGCCGAUCGCGGCGUGUAUCUCAAGGCUCCACCGUCGCGAGAGGCGCGGCUCUCCGACUUUCUUGUUUUACGUGGCCGCAACGUCGAAGCCAUCAUUUGUACCGACUCGUGCCUCGGCACUCCGCCUGCGCUCUGCACUCUCUCUGCUCUCAUUGUGGCCUACGUAGCCGAUCCCCGGGCGCAGGCUCUGACACCAAAGGAGGUGUUGGAUGUUGCUGACGCGCUGUGGACCAUUCCCCUCGGCCCCGACUCGGCGCUGUAUGCCAAGAUCAAAACCGUCCGCUCGCCCAAGGCCACCCGCGCCGUCCUCCGGCAAUGGGCCACGCUCUGGGAGAUUGUGGUGCCCAAACUCCGGCUUCUCCCGGCGAGCAUGCCGAAGGUCAUUGCCCGCUGGAUCGACUCGCUGCAGCGCUGCGACGCCCUGAGUCCUGACGCAUUGACUCGCAUCACAGCCUUUGUCUCCAUGCUCACCCGGGACUCGGUAGCGGAAUGCCUCGCCCAUGAGCGCGUCGGCCCACCAAUGGCGAUGUCACUCGCUGACGCGUUAAGGCUGCCUCUGGGGCGCAAGACCGGCGCGUACGCAGAGGCGGUUGCUUGCUGUCUUACCUCUGCCAGGGCUUGGAUCAAGUGGCUCGCCACGCCGCUUCCUCCGGUUGACGCCUCAGUCUUUAUCGACGCCACUGUCACCGCGGCUAUGAACAGCGCACCGGCAGGCCCAAAUGGGCGGCUGACUGAGCUAGGUCAGGGCGCCAGCGUCGACGAGCUCGUGGCCCGCACCAAGGCCAUGGCGCGGUACCAAUCGUGGUAUGCCGAGCUUGACAAGGCACUUAUGUGUGCGGAUCUGCUCCGCGGAGCCGACGCCGACGACGCCAAGGCGCUGCUGGCCAAGGCACCCAACGGCUGCGGCCGCGAUCUGAACGUUGCCGACCGGGCGCGGGCACGGUCGCUGGUGGACACGGCCCAGCAGGCACUUGAGGCUGCGGCCGCCUGCCUCACCCAGCCCGAGGUCCUCACCUCGCCUGCCAAGGUCUCGAGGUAUCUCAAGCUGCUGGGCAAAAUGAUGGAGGUGCCGGCCGGGCUCAGCAAGCUGAUUGCGGCCGAGUACGCCCGAACCGAGCUUACGACGUUUGCCGAGGCCGCCGCAAUCGGCGCGUUUGUCAUCCUCGGCGGUGAGACGUAUCGCGAGCUGACCAAACUUUUUCCCGGUGCGCGUGCUGUCGACAUCGGGAGUCUCGCCGUCGGGCUGACCGGCAACCUGCUCCCGGGGUGUGUCCCGGCGCCGAUCCGGCACUUUGAGGAGACGACUCACGUGGUGGCCAUCACCAACGCCCACGCACGGCGGCUGCAGUGUCCGCACUGCUACUGGUCGUACGACGUGGAGGACCGCGAUGGCUUUGUCGCCCAUGCUACUCUGGAAUCUUGUCGGCCGUGUCCCCCGCGGGUCCGCGCCGACGACGUCAUCCGGAAGGCCCGUCGCAAGGCCCGACGCAAGGCCCGGCGCAAGAGCAAGAACAAGGGCAAGAAGAAGGGCAAAGGAAAGCGAAAGCAAGCACAGAAGCCGACGCAAACAAGCAAGGCAUCUGCACAUGCACCCAAGUCCCGUGGCUGUUGA